AUGGGUAACAAUCAGGGAGGAGUUUUGAAAAAGAGUCCUUUAGGCUGUGUACUUGCUCACUGGAAAGACAUUGUUGGGACUGGAGGCAUAGAAAGUAAAAGGACCCUUAUCAAAUAUUGCAAUCAAUGGUGGCCUUUGUAUAAAUUGGAAGAUGGGGCCAAGUGGCCAUUAAAUGGGUCAAUAGAUUAUAAUACUCUCUUGCAAUUAAUGCUGUUUUUGAGGAGAGAAGGAAAAUGGAAUGAGGUUUCAUAUGCAGAUAUGUUUUUCACCCUCCGAAACCAUCCGGAGUGGCAAAGGGAGUGCGGAAUGAUACCACCACAGGACCCCAUGGUACUCUCACUGGAGCAAGAAAAUAAUAAAGAACUCGGGGGAAAACUGAGGCGGUGUUGUUCAGCAUGUAGCAUUGGGGAAAGAUGUACUAAAGCUAACAAAAUUCACCAGGCACCAGAACAAGAUCUAUCUGACUUGUUUAAGCCUCCCCCUCAACCACAGGAACAGGAUGCGAACUCGGAUGAAAUUCCCACUCCUUCAGACAGCCCUAUAUCUUCCCGGACUAGGAAGAAAUUCGCUACAACAGUCUUACAGGCACCUCUCCGAGAGGCAGUAGGACUUGAUGGUGGAACUAUGCUAAUCAAAAUACCUUUUUCCACCACUGAUUUAGACGCUUGGAAAAAGGUAGCCCGGGAAUAUCGGGUCGACCCAGUGUGUGUCGCUAAACACUUUAAAUUCAUAAUGAAACAACAUAAACCAGAUUGGAAUGACAUACAAUUGCUAUCAGAAUAUGUAACCGAUACAGAGAAACAGUUAAUUCUAAAAACUGCAGGUGAUUUGGCUGAAGAUCACUAUAAGACUGCGGAAGGUGAUGUUAAGGAUUAUUUCCCCCUCCAAGACCCGAAGUGGGAUGCUAACAGGUCUGCUCAUAUGGAGAGAUUGCAGGCAUACCAAGAGUGGAUUUUUAAAGGAAUGGAAAGGGCCAUUCCCAGAACUAUAAAUAGGUCAGCUUUAUAUGCAGUUAAACAAGGUCAUUCCGAGUCCCCAUCAGAAUUCCUGGAUUGA